CAAUCUUGUGAAUGCAGUAUAAAUGUCCCAUAGCAAAGGCUCGAUAGUCAUAGACCUUUCGAAGACUCAACAGUUCUAACGAAGGGAUUAGAUUAAAUAAUCAAAAUGAAAUUAUUCAUGGUGUGUGCGCUAUUGUGUGUGGCGGCAGUCGCGUGGGGCAAGCCGGCGUCCACUUACACCGACAAAUGGGAUUACAUCAACGUCGAUGAGAUCUUAGAAUCUCAACGCUUACUUAAAGGAUACGUCGACUGUCUUAUGGAUAGAGGCCGCUGCACCGCCGAUGGAAAGACAUUAAAGGAAACGAUGCCUGAUGCAUUAGAACACGAAUGUUCUAAAUGCACAGAGAAACAAAAGGAAAGUUCCGACAAAGUGAUCAGAUUUUUGAUCAACAAACGUCCCGAGUUGUGGAAGGAACUGGCUACUAAAUACGAUCCCGAUAAUGUUUACCAGCAGAGAUACAAGGACAAGAUUGAGGCUGUCAAAGAACACUAAAGCCUUAAACAGAUAUGGAGAUUAAAUUGUGAAUGUUAAAUUCUGAAAUUUGUACGGAAAUAUUUGUGGCAAAUGUAUAUAUUCAUUGGUAAUUUAAAUAAAAUAUUUAUA